AUUUACGUUUUGUUUGAGACUUCCGGUUCGGCUAAGAAGAAAUAAAAAUAUCAACACUUCUUGACGUUCAUCAACAAUAUGAGCUUCUAUCCCAAAACAGAUGGUUAAAAUUUAGAAUGGACGGGAUGGAAGAUAGCGGAUUUGAUAGUGACCAAAAAUCGUCUCAAGCACUUAACACAGAUUCCGCAGCUAAUAGAAAUACUUUCAGUCAACAGAAUGGAGUCCAGUCAUCACAGAAGAAAACUCUUGAUCUACAGAAGAAAAUAAAUAAACAUAAAGCAGCAAGUAAAAACAGAGUUGUGAAUCAACAGCCAAAAAAAUAUCUGCUUUCCAGAAACAGAUUAAGUGUACCCAGUAAACAAGACUUACUUGCCAAUGAACAUGACAAUCAGCCCCUAGUUGCAAUUGUGUCAGAUGAUAGUGAAGACGAUGAUUUUGAAUCUCCAAUGUUUGCCAAAGCUGCAACUAAAGAAAUAGCUCAACAAUUGAUUAAAGAUGGCUACAAUUUAGAUCUGGAACCUGACGAUGAAGAUCUUGACUUAAUACCCCCACGACCUUUAAAUGAACGUUGUAUUUGUUGUCCUAAUUACCAAGGAUCAUGUGUUAUGCAAUGAUAUUACAGCUUAUGUUAAAAAAUAAAUCUUUAAGAUUAAUGGUCUGUUAUCAGUAGAAUUUAACGGUAAAGAUUGGAGACUGAAACACUUUCAAAAACAUGAAAUUUACUCAAUUUUCUUCAGUAAUGUAAAACUGAACUUUGUAGUAAAAUAAUAUUUACAAAAAAAAAUCAGUAUUGUUAAAUGACCAGCAAAUUAUUUUUUUUUGCCUGCAGCUUUAAUUGAGUUUUAAAUGCAUAAGCUAGCUUUAUCUAAAACUUCUGUGUUUUUUUUAAUUUCUUUUUUUAAGGAAAGUGAAAUAUUAUAAUGCACAAGUGCAAUAGUUUAAAAUAUCAAACUCUAACUUACUCUGCUUUAAUUCUACACACAGUUAAAUUGUUAUAAUACUCAGUUGAAAUUGUCUGAGUGAUUAAAUUAGAUCUUCCAUUAUUGUUUACCCCAUGCAACAUUCUUGAGGUGUUUCUGGUAGCAUUUAGUUUUGCAUUGUUAUAAUUUCAAAUUUGCACGUCUAGGAUGAAAAAGUUGUUCUUGUUAUAGAUAUUUUUCACGCAUAAUUGAUAUUUUAUUUUUAUUUUAUUUUAUAUAUACGUUUUGCUUACAUUCCAUUAGAUUAUGUAUUUUGUUUGUAUAUUAUUAAGGUCCCCCUAAAUGUUAAAUCUAUUCUUCAUUAACUGAUGUUAAAAGAUUUUAUGGUAUGGUUGAAAGUUGUAAUAUUGUGUAUAUUUGUAUUAGACGAUCUGAAUGUGUAUGUGGGCAUAUGGCAAUGUUAAAAGGUUUUUUGUGAUUACUGUUCCAUUGAAAAACAUAUAUAGUACACAGAGAAGUCUCUUCUGACAAUCAGAAACUAUUUUUUUGAGACAAUUAUAUGAUUUCACAGAUGUCUGAAAAUAAUUGUCAUCAACCAGGCACCCAUAGAUGAUUUUUCCAAAUUUUCUUUCCCUUUGUCCAAAGUAUGUUUUUUAAACAGUCCUAAGAGAAUGUUGCUUAUAGAAGUGAUCAUUUAAUAGUAUAUUCAAGAUAGAAACAGUAGAAAAUUUAAAAACAGAUUAAAAUUAAUCAGCAGCAUUUCGCUGUUUUUAGUGUGACUAAACAUUUUAAAAAGCUUACACACUUAUUUUCAAAAAAUUCAUAUAACUUAACAAAAUAUUCAUGUAGAUAGUAGGUAUACUUUAAAACAUUAUCCAUAUGAGCAAAUAUGUCUAACUAAGAAUCCAGUAUCAAGGAUGACUUAGCUUGAAAUUUCUAGAUCACUAUGAAAAAAAACAUGCUAUAAUGGACUUUGGUCACUUCAUUCUUUUUCUGUAUAAUUAAUAUACAAUGUUAAAUAUUUAAUGGCAAUUUGAUCAUCAGAAAUCCUAUAAAUAUACAUAUAGUAUUAUAUAACAUUUCUGAAAUCCAGUUAUUCUGAAUUAUAUAAUGACAGUUCUUUUUCUUGUUUAUUAUUAUUUAUAUUGAUAUUAUUCUGUUUUGUUUUCUUUUGAGUUGUAUAGUGUGUUGAUAUUAUUUAAUGAAUUAAAUGUUUUAUUAAAUAUGGCUGAUAAUAUAAUUUGUGAUCUUAUGGCAACGUUUUUAUGAGAAGACAUAUAUUCUUAAGGCUAACUUCAUGUUACAAGGUUACAAUAUGAUACAUAUGGUUAAAUCUAGAAUAUUUUAAUUAUGUUUUCUUGUCUGUGAGUCCCUCUGUUUCGUCUGUUUGUCUUGGUUAAGGUUAAAGAUUUUGGUCAAGGUAGUUUUUGAUGAAGUUGAAGUCCAAUCAACUUGAAACUUAGUACACAUGUUUCCCAUGAUGUGAACUUUCUAAUUUAACGCCAAAUUAAAGUUUUGACCUAAAUUUCAUGUUCCAACUAACAUGGAAGUGAUAAUGCUAGUAGGGCAUCCAUGUCCUAUGGACACAUUCAUAUUUUUUUAUCAAGAAGGUUGACUUCACUUAAAUAAUGAAAAUUUGUUGCAUUCUUAAAAGAAUUUAACUAAUAUAAACUAAUUAAAUUUAAUUCAGGCUUUUUCAAAAGUUUGUUAUAUUAUAUCCAUUCAAAGUUUUCUGAAAUGACAUAAAUUUUGUACAUUUAUUUUCAAUUUGUUUUUUUAUAAUUGGUCACAUUUGAUACAUGAAUCUUGAAUGAAGAUACAAAUAUAGAUUCCAUCAAAACUGUUAGAAAAAAAAUAAUCAUCAAUGUUAAAAGGUGCUUUCUGUAGCUUCAAGUAGAAAUCAAAAGUGUAUAUAGCAGUAUAUUUACAGCAUAUGUGUGACCCAUAGAAUAAGAAUUGAGAUUCUGAAGGCUUUUAGAAGUUACUAAAUUUCAUGUCCAAAAUUUAUUUAAUACAAUUCACUUGAUAAAUUCAGGCAAUAAUUAAUGUAAGAUAAUCUCACAUUUUAUAUCAGCUGUUUAUUUCUUUGUAUUUAAGUUGAAAGUAGAAAUUCAUAAGACAUAAAUGAUAGAUAUGCUAUAAUAAUGAGGGUUAUCUUUCCUUGAUCAUUGAGGUAAAAUUAAGUUCACAAUUUUGAAGAACAUUUUUAUGUAUUUUGAUAAAAGCUAUAUUCAUAGUAGAUUUACUACUAAUUUAAACUAAGAAAUAUAAAUAUAAACAUUUUCUAGUUUAUAAAUGUGAAUAAUUUAAUUUUGGCUGUAACUCAUCUUCUGAUUGGCUGACAUUAUUUUGUUAUCAGCCCAUAGACAUAAUUUAGUAAUGUGACCGUGACGUCAUCAACUUUUUUUCAUGGUUUUCUUGGUUUAAAAUGGAAUUUAGAAUUAGAAUUAAGAAUAACAUAAAAAAUGUGGUGCACACUGUUAAUUAACACGCUACGCGUGUUAUUCAGUGUGCACCAAAUUUUUUAUGUUAUUUUGAAUAGACAGAAAAAAUAUUAGUGAUUCCUUAAUUAAUUUAAAAAUGAUAUGAUGAUAUACCUGUACUUCAAACCUGUGAUUGUAUGUGGUAUCUACAGAUGAUGUAUUAUUGACAUUUUAUUUGAGAGCCUUGAUAAUGAUAUACUAAAUUAGAAAUGAAAACAUGCAAUAUAUAUAAAGUUUUGCAAUGGUUUUUAGGGUCAUUUGUGCAAUUAUAUAUCUUAGUUGUAUCAUUUCAUAUGUUUGUUCAUUAUUUUGAUUCAAGUUUAUUAAAAGAAAAUAGAACAGCUCAUAAAUGAUAUUAUAUUUGACAAUUUAUUAUGAAUAGGGUAAAAUCAGGUGGAAUGGCUAAUGAAAGUUCUAUUUAUUGUAUUCAAAGUUAUCUUCUGCUAAUCAUAUUUUUGUUAUCAUAUUGUUAAACAUAAUCAUUAUGCUCUUGUUAUUGGUACAAACCAACUUCUCUUUCUAGAAAAAAAUAUACACUUGAAUAUUUUUAACCAUUUAAACUAUUAAUUUCAUUUAUCAUGAGUUUCUCAAGAAAUUUCUCCCACCUUUCAGAUAUAACUAUACAAUAUCUUAGAUUGUAAAACAUUUAUUCAAUAUUAUCCUAUUGGAUGCUGCACACAAGUCAAAUUUAUAGCUGCCAAAGAAAUACCUUUAACCAAUAGUCUGACUUGUUCCUCCUAGUCUCAUUGUCCCUUUUAAUUUGAGCCAGAAAGAUGUGAAGAAAGCUAUUUAUAGCAACUGUUUAAAACUUUAAAGUAAACAAAUUAUUUGAUCAAACAAUCAAUUUGUGCAUGUAACUAAGGUAAAAUUGGUGUUAUUAUUUGGUUUUCACCUGAACAUGUGACUUGUGCAUAUAACUAUAGUGAAAUGGGUGCUAAGAUUUGUAAUUUUCAUGUGACGUCUAUUUUUGCAUAUGUAUCAUUAGAUCUCAUUUGACUCUUUAAGUUGUAUUAGUUUGAUCUGACAUUCCUCUGCAGUUAUCCAUUAUCAUGUGAUUAUGUUUUAAAUUUUAUACAUGCUUUUCAUACAAAUAUAACUAUUCAUUAAAUACAAUAUAGUAUAUUG